GGGUUUGUCGUCGGGCUCGGCUUCAGGCGGCGGUGCUGGUGAAGUUAGUGUCUGCUGUCUCGGGACUGAAAAGGCCAUAAUGGAGCAGCAUUUGCACUGCUUGAACUGUGUGAGCCGGCGUUGCAUGGUUAGGCCAGAGAUGAAUGUGUCAUGUGACUUGAUUGGCUGCCCCCUGGUGUGUGGAGCUGUCUUUCACUCAUGCAAAGUGGGUGAACAUCGCCUACUGUGCCCUCUUGAGCGAGUGCCAUGUUUAAAUAGUGCGUUUGGAUGCCCAUUCAUCAUUGCACGGAACAAGAUUAGCGAACAUUUGGAGGUUUGUCCUGCCAGUGUGGUCUGCUGCACAAUGGAGUGGAAUCGUUGGCCAGUGAGCUAUGCUGACCGCAAAUCCUAUGAAAGUUUAAGCAAAGAUGGCGAUGGAGUAGAGCAGUUGGACUUGGCUUUAGCUCUUCAGGAUCAGCGGAUGCUUCUUGAAUCACUCAAGGUUGUGACCACUGCCUCGAACUCGGCUCCCAAGCAGUUAAAAAAUGAGGAAAAGAUCCCAGAGACUAUGGAAGCACUGGAUGAGCCCCCUUCUAGCAGUUUGCUGUCAGUGAAUGAAGAAGCUUACACUGAACUGUACCGAGCCACAGUUGAAACGACUAGGACUUUAGCGGUGGCCCUUGACCUCUUGAACAAUGCUACAAAAGAUGGGGAGCUCUCAAAUGGGAGUCUAUCUGAGGAGCGAUCUGAAAGGAAUGGAGGUGUCCAGAUUGUUGGGGAGGACGCACCAAAAUCACCGUACUUUGCAGAGAUCAAUGAUGAUCCCUGCAAGAGCACAACGGAAGGAGGAGCAGUUGGUGGCGCACACUGUGAAUCUGUAGCUUAUGAUCCGCCUUGGAGGGAUUGGAACUUGUGUGUGGAGGAAAAUGGAUUUCAUGAAUUAUCUGGCAUGGUGACUGAAGCAAAUGAUGGCACGGAUGGAUGUAUUCAGCUAAAAACAAGUGCCUUAUGUAACGGUUUUCACAAAGCAGAUGUGAAUGCUUACACCCUAGGUCAGGAGGGAAUGGAGUCGUACAAUUGUGAUCAGCAAGCAGAAGAGAUAAUGAAUGGUUCUUGCCAUGAAAAUGACAUAGAUUGUGAUGGAAAUUCUUCAGAACCUGAUCACUUCUUACCUGUAUUUGCACAGCUACUUACUGUGGAAAGUUUGUUACAUCCAGACAGUUUUCAGGAGGACUGCUUGCCUUCUGAUCCCUGUGGAGUGAGAAAGUUAGUCAACAGAUCUGCUGAGCGGCAAGCACUGAAGAAAAUUGCCACUUUCAAACUGUUAGAAGGUCACAAUGGGCGCAGGCCAUAUCUUGGGGACUUGAAUUGGUAUAGGAAGAAAACGGAAAGCAAAGCAGUUGACACAUCAGAUCUGGAGGUUGAUGAUGAUCCUCUGGAAUUACAGGGAAUUGAUUUGAUCACAGCUGCUUUAUUGUUCUGUUUGGGGGACUCUCCCAGUGGUAGAGGGAUCUCAGACAGCCGGAGUGUUGAUGGAAACCGUGUUGAUUUGGGCACACAGACUUUCUCCUUCCCAGCAGCCAUAUUAGCCACCAAUACUACAGUCGGGGAGAUAGCCUCCGCAUCUGCUUGUGACCACGCAAAUCCUCAACUAUCGAACCCGAGCCCUUUCCACACACUUGGGCUGGACCUGGUCUUGGAGUGUGUGACCAGAUAUCAAACAAAGCAACGCUCAAUGUUCACUUUUGUAUGUGGUCAGUUUUUCAGGAGAGACGAAUUUCCUUCUCACUUUAAGAAUGUGCACGGGGACAUUCAUGCUGGCCUCAAUGGGUGGUUGGAACAUCGAUGCCCUUUGGCCUAUUAUGGCUGUACCUAUUCUCAGAGACGGUUCUGCCCAUCUGCCCAGGGUUCAAAAGUUAUUCACGAUCGCCAUCUCAAGUCUUUUGGAAUCCAGCCAUCUGUUCCGGCCAUGUUGUUAGGAACCCAUGAGAGUCGGUUGACCAGCACAGGAAUGGCUGCUGACCAAUUGAGCAAACUGCCCUUUGAGAUUUUGCAGCACAUUGCUGGAUUUCUAGAUGGGUUCAGCUUGUCUCAGCUCUCAGAAGUGUCACACUUAAUGAGGGAUGUAUGCAGCAGUUUGUUGCAGGUUCGGGGAAUGGUCAUCCUGCUUUGGGAAAAAAUGCAAGAUCUUCAUGGAAAGGCCUCUUGGAAAACAAAAGGCAAGGCCUGGCGAUUCAGCACUGCCUUCGGCACAGUUAAAGAGUGGAAGUUUGCAGACAUUGCCAGCAUGGCUGAUCAUCUAAAAUACUGUCGCUACAACACAGUGGAGAGGACCGGGGAGGCUGUCCCAUUGCCUUGCAUGUGUGUGACACGGGAGCUUACUAAAGCGGGCCGUCCAUUGCGUUCUGUCCUAAAACCAGUUCUUUAAUCUGUUUGGACACUGACAAUGUACUGCAAAACAUUCUAAUCUUAAAUGUGGUCUGUCACUUUGUAUAUGAUAUAUUUUGCUUUGAUGUGAGAUUUAUUUUUGUAGUUCAGUACCUGUGCAGGCAUGCUCAAGGCAAAGAAAAGCGCCUUGAUGACAGGCAUAUUGAAUGGAUGGAUAUUUUUGUGGACGAAAUCUUCCCCCUAUUGGAGUCUUCCAUUUGUACAUAUAGUUUUCUUGCAUGGAUCUGGCCUUUAUUGGAAAAAAUAUAUCUAGCUUCACCCUCCAUCCCUCCCCUCUUCUCACCACUCCUAGACCCCGAAUAAUCAUAUUGUGAAUGUUGUAGAUACAAAGAGACAUUGAUUGUGACAAAAUCCUCAUCAAAAUGCGGCAAUGUUCUGCCGUUACUUGGUGACUCAAAGAUGCUCAACUUUUGUGGAAUAAUGAACGAGAUGCUUCUUGUUUGUUUGAAUCACAACUCGAGCUCACUCUGAGGUUAGAGGAGUUAUUUGUCUACGUUACAUCAGUAAGCUAGCUGCUGCAAAGCAAUACUAUACCUCACACUCAUCAAAAGCAAAAAUGCCGCAGUGCAGUGGAUUCACACUGUACAAUUUUGCCACUUUUAGCACUUUAGUUUUACAGCCUCAUUUUAUUAAUUUGAUCACCAAUAUUUGAAAUUCAUCAUUGUUCACAUAGUUUCUCACCCUCUCCUCUUUCCAACUCUCUGCCUUUGUGUGUGUUACCUAUGAUGUUGAAUGGGGAAAUGAGCAACUUGCUUUGAAACUAAAUCUAAGAGGGCUGUUUCAGUCUGCCAAAUGAAAGGCUGUGCUUUGUGAAUCCAUCCACGUUACUGAACCUAAACUCCCCCCAGAUGCAAGGAACAGGUAUCAGUUUGGAGGCUUAGCACUCAGUUACCAAAGCAACUUUUUACUUUUUAGUUUCACUUUUUUUAAUAUAAUUCGUACCUCCGACUUUAGAAUGCUUUAUUAAGGGAGUGAUUGUGUGUGUUUUUGUUUACGCAUUUAGCGCCAAAAAUAGAUUUGAAUAUCUUAGCCUUCAGCCUCGGCAUUUAAAACUCUGAUCAUGUAAUGUGUUGAUGUGAUCUCACAAUCAAGUGUAAUGCCUUUUCACCGCACUUUAUUGAUUUUAAAACACUGACGGAACGAUAUCAAGAGUGCGGGAUUGUUGUGGAAAGCUAGUUUAUCCAAUUUUAAAGGCUUUGUUUAUCAGAAUAUUCAUGGAUUCCCCUUGUGCUGUAAACAAAAUACUGCUGCUAAAUGUAGAAAUUUGAGUCUAACUGUGUUUUCCCUUAACAUGUUGUCUUAAAGUUUAAAAUGAAACAGACUUUGAAGAAAAUGCUGUGUGUAGCUUAGUGCUAACAUCUGUUUACAGACCUAUAUAAAAUAUGUGCUUCAAGUUCGCACAUGUUAAGACAACUAAAUGGGAAAACUCUGAGCUGGUCUUUAAGAACACUAAUUAAUUUAUUUUGAUUUUGAAUCAUUUGUAAAGUGAUGUGAAAUGAGAAUCUGUUGGAUAUCAGUAUCUGUUGCCUGAAUGUUUUUCUACUGGCUUCUCAGAAGAAAAUGGUAGUAUAGUUCCAACACGGAAUUGGCAGGUAGUGAGAUCCAAAUGUAAAAAUUGAGACCUGUGUUGACGCAGCAGGUGUUUAAAAUCAAAUAUUGUAUAGCACAGUAAACACAAUGAAAAUUAUUGUUUGAAAUGGUGCUGCUGUGUUUGGGAGUUUCACACUGUGCCACAGGUAAAUGUUUGAUUCCCAUUUAUUUGAGGUGUGGAGGGGUAAUGUUUCUGGAACAUCAUAGACACCAGAAAUAAAAAAAAAGGCCAGUGUCAGUUUGCUUGCUCUUGGUUCUAGGUGUCUAGGAUCUAGGUAUCUACCCAGUGACUGCCCUUGGCUCUGGGUAUCUAACCAACUGGUGCCCUUGGCUUUGGUUGUAACUAGUAUUUGUCCUGGCUUCUGAAUGUCUAAGCAGCUGGCACAUUUGGCUGUGCACUCAAAUCAAUGGGAGUUCCUGGCUGUGGGCAUGGAACCAGUGGGAUGCUUUAUACUGAAGGUUUAACCUGUCAGAAGAAGAAAACAGAACAAAUGCUAAAAAUGCAAAGCAUUGAAGUCCAGACAGCAAUGCAACAGAAUGCAUAAUUUAAAGUUGUGCACUUGUGUAUUUGUUUUAAUUUGUGUGGAGAUAUCUACAUGUCAAUUAAAUGUUGCAUUUAUUACAACUUCAUUAAACUCUAUUCAAUAUGAAUGCAUUUUGUUGCUGCAACUUCAAGUAUACACUCAGUUCCACUGAAGAUCAUUUGAUCUCUUCCCCCUUUUCUGCAGUUGCUUCAUUUACCAAUAAAUGUGUCAUUUGGUUCCAAUAGUUUUUAUUAUGCUCCAGGAAUGAAACUUUGCUUCACUAAGAGUUCAUAUUCAUUACCAUUCACUUAAACAGUACACUGGUCUACUCAUAUCUAAUUAUUACAUUAUUAGUUAGUAUUUUUUUAAUCUUGUCAGAAACAUGUGUAUUUUCUGCUUUCAAGUAUGAGAAUUAAAAGCAGUGAAAGAUUGCAUAAAAUUCUCUGAAACCACAAUGAAGAUCAAAGGAGUCUCUACUUUAAUGUAAAAAAAAAGUAGAUUUCUCUUUUCAACAUUCUGAGGUUCAGUUAUGCAGGAGUUUGUGUUGGGAGGACCUUUUCCCCACUCUGCUGGUCUUUCAAUGAUGCACGAUAUUGAGCUUUUGUACUAAAUGUUUGAUUUCAUUUUAAACUACAAGAAUUCUAAUAAAAAGAACUUGACAUUUUUAUUAACUACUGAAA